GCACCUAGGGUCUGGCCAGAGCUAUUCGGUGCCCUCCAAGGCCAGCCGGGUAUUUAAGAUCUGAGAGGGGCCAGCUGGGAGCUGUUGAGGCCACCCCAGUGGCACCAGAGCCCUCUCAGACAGGCAGACCCAGGGCCUCCCCACCACACUUUGUUCAUGGAUUUUGUCGCUGGAGCCAUUGGAGGAGUCUGCGGUGUUGCUGUGGGCUACCCCCUGGACACAGUGAAGGUCAGGAUCCAGACGGAGCCACAGUACAGAGGCAUCUGGCACUGUAUCCGGGACACUUAUCACCGAGAGCGAGUGUGGGGCUUCUACCGCGGCCUCUCGCUGCCCGUAUGCACAGUUUCUCUGGUCUCCUCUGUGUCUUUUGGCACCUACUGCCACUGCCUGGCACACAUCUGCCGGCUCCGGUACGGCAGCCCCGACGCCAAGCCCACCAAGGCUGACAUCACGCUCUCGGGAUGUGCCUCUGGCCUCGUCCGGGUGUUCCUGACAUCACCCACUGAGGUGGCCAAAGUCCGCCUGCAGACGCAGACACAGACACAGCAGCGGCGGCUCUCGGCCUCGGGGCCCUCAGCUGUGCCCGCUGCCUGCCCAGAGCCCAAAUACCGCGGACCGCUGCACUGCCUGGCCACGGUGGCCCGUGAGGAGGGGCUGCGUGGCCUCUACAAGGGCAGCUCGGCCCUGCUUUUGCGGGACGGCCACUCCUUUGCCACCUACUUCCUCUCCUACGCUGUCCUCUGCGAGUGUCUCAGCCCCGCUGGCCACAGCCACCCAGAUGUCUUGGGUGUGCUGGUGGCCGGGGGCUGUGCGGGGGUCCUGGCCUGGGCUGUGGCCACCCCCAUGGAUGUGAUCAAGUCGAGACUGCAGGCCGACGGGCAGGGCCAGCGGCGCUACCGGGGCCUCCUGCACUGCAUGGUGACCAGUGUGCGUGAGGAGGGGCCCCGGGUCCUCUUCAAGGGGCUGCUGAUCAACUGUGCCCGCGCCUUCCCCGUCAACAUGGUGGUCUUUGUCGCCUAUGAAGCGGUGCUGAGGCUCACCCGGGGUCUGCUUACAUAGCUGAUCCCCACGCCCAGAGGCCCACCCGCUGGCAGCUGCCAGAGGUCAUAGUGGCUGGAAGAGGCAAGAGGGCGCAUGGCUGGGGUCAGUACCCCACAAGGCCAUUCCCCAGGACAACAGGGAGCCUCCCUGCAGCGCGUUGGCCGAGGCCUGAGCUUGGCCUGCCCAGCUACUGACCUCAGGAUGAGGGGCCCCCCGGCCAUCAGCCCAGGGUUGGCCUGCGGUGGCAGGAGCCAGGGAGGAGUGGGCCCCUUUGAUGAAGGCAUGUGUCUCAUGGAGUCAGUUGUUCAUUCCAGCUUCCCCAUUGCCCCCAUCUCCCACAUCUUUGGAGCACCCCUCCAGGGAGUCAAGUGUGCGCUUAGUCACUCUCUGCCCUGUUCCCGGACCCUCACCCCCACUGUUGUUCCUGUGUCUUCAUGAACCAUCCCUUGCAGGCAGGGGUUCCCCACAGGCUGGGGGCCUCAGGGUGGGGAGCAGGAGCUGGGCUGGCACCACGACUGAGGGCUCCAGGCCCAGCUCGUUCCCCGCAGCAGGCUACUCCAGGAGGGCACUGCUGGGGCUGCCAUGCCCACCUGGCAGGUGCCUGGGGUGGCCAUCCUCGCCUGGUUAGGGAAUUUGGGGUGAGGUUCCUCAGGAGCCCUCACUCUGCCUGCGGAUGCUGCACCUGCCACUUAAAGACCCCAAAGACUGUUGGGAACUGUUGUCAAUAAAAUGUUUCUGAGGAUG